AUGCCUCCAUUUCUGACUUUCAUCAACUACAGUGGCGAGGGGCAAAGUGAUAAAAAUUAUGCAGGUUACGAAGUUCACGGAAUUAUGCUUGAAGAUGAUUAUACAUUCAAGCAACUGCUAGAAGUCAUCGCAGAAACGAUACAACUGGAAACACCGUUCGACAAAUUUAUUUCGAAAUACCAAGUUAACGACACGUACCCGCCAAUAGCCAUCACUGAUGACCGAAUACGUCAGAUUAAUGAUAUUCACUCAUGUGCACUUGGAAAAUGCAUGAAUGGAAAACGGCAAACUACUGCAAACUUAGCGGGAGAAUGCAUCACAAAAAAGUUUGCUAAUCUAAAGACGCACUAUACACCAGCCGAUGUAAUUCGGGAUAUGCAACAAUUGUACGGGUUAGAUUUACAGUACAAAAGAGCAUGGGAAGCAAGAAGAAAGGCAUUAGAAUCUGCACAAGACAACCCAUAUGGAUCUUACCAAUUAAUACAUGGAUACCUCGAAGAGCUGUACAAGAGCAACCCGGGAAAAUAA